CUGUUUUCUCAUGCUCAUUUAAAACCACGUACAAAAGUUUAGAGAGGAAAAAAAAUUUACUUCUCAUUUCAUAGAUUCAUAAGAAUCAGUCAAUCUGGGGGCCUCUCAUUCCUCUAAAUCUAUGUCUUACCACGAGGUCUGCGGCAUGGAGAUGCGAAUCAAUCUGGACUGUCCUGCUUGUUGCAAGAAAAUGGAUAGAAUCCUUUUGAGGAUGAAAGAAAUAGAGAAGCGCAAGAUAGAUGGGAAGAACAACAUGGUGGUAGUUUGUGGGAGAUUUGAUUAUGCAGAGGUAGCCAUAAAGAUCAGGAAGAAGAUGAGACGCAGGGUUGAGAUUUUGGAUGUCCAGAUGUUCACCGCCCAACCCGAAUAACCCAAAUCGGGUGUUCUUCCAUGUAACAUAAUGAGUAAAUGUAGGAGAUCUUCUAUGCCAAAAAUGUUGUCCCAAACAGAUGUCUCACUCUUAAGGAAUCAUAUAUUUAACUCGCAAAUUUUUCUUUCUCCUUUACGAAUUUUCGAUCCAAACUUUUACCUUUUAAACUCCGUAAAGUCAAGCUGUAAACUUCAAUGAAAUUUGAAAAAUGAA